UUUAUAAACGUUAUACCCCUCAUCAUCUCUCUCUCAUCCUCCUUUCUACGCAGAUUUACACAGCAAUGGACAGGGAGUGGGGUUCGAAGCCGGGAAGCGGAGGCGCCGCCACCGCCCAGAAUGAGGCCAUCGACCGACGGGAGCGGCUCCGCCGACUUGCCCUCGAAACCAUUGAUUUGGCCAAAGAUCCCUAUUUCAUGCGCAACCACCUCGGAAGUUACGAGUGUAAACUCUGCUUGACCUUGCACAACAAUGAGGGAAAUUACUUGGCGCACACACAGGGGAAGCGUCACCAGACCAACUUGGCUAAGCGAGCGGCUCGUGAAGCCAAAGAAGCUCCGGCUCAGCCGCAGCCUCAUAAGCGCAAAGUUACUCUGAAGAAAAUUGUUAAAAUUGGCAGGCCUGGAUAUCGUGUAACCAAGCAAUUUGACCCAGAGACCAAACAGAGGUCACUGCUUUUCCAGAUAGAAUAUCCCGAGAUUGAAGACAAUACAAAGCCAAGGCAUCGGUUUAUGUCAUCCUUUGAGCAGAAAGUUCAACCAUUCGAUAAAAGAUAUCAGUACUUGUUGUUUGCUGCUGAACCAUAUGAAAUUAUAUCUUUCAAGGUUCCAAGUACAGAGAUUGAUAAGUCAACUCCCAAGUUCUUCUCCCACUGGGAUCCAGACUCAAAGAUGUUCACGUUGCAGUUGUACUUUAAGACGAAGCCACCAGAGACAAAUAAACCUCAACCUGCUCCUGCAGCUAAUGGGACAGCGGCUCCUGGUGCCCCACCUAGGUCUUUGCCACCACCACCUCCUCCACAAGGACCGCCUCCAGCACCACCAACUGGUAAUCCUCCUAGGCCUCCAACUUCGAUGCCAGGAUCCUUGCCUCCUCCUCCUUUAGCCAAUGGGCCAAGGCCUAUGCCUCCUGGUGGAAAUCUGCCUGCCCCGCCUCCUCCCCCCGUUGGCAGUGGUCCUAUGGCAAAUUUUACCCCUGGUGCACAAAUGGGAAGGCCUCCUAUGCCACCACCUCAUGGUUUCCCAGGGCAGCAAAUGCAGGGUCAUGGGAUGUACCAACCCCCUCCACCUAAUAUGGGUUGAACCUGCAAGUCUGCAAUUCAUUCUGUGUAAUGUUAUAUGGCAGCAAUCUGCUCUAUACAACACAAACCUACUAUCGUUGACAGCCGUCAUCUUGGGAUGCAAUACUAGGAUGGGGUGGGGGCAAUAGAGUCAAAUUCAAGGUUGUGAUUGCAGUUUGAUUUUUGUAAGAAACCUUGCAGUGAGGAUAGAAAUGGUCCACGUCGUAUCAAUAUGCAAGACCUUAUAGCCUUGUUAGAUGCUAUUUGGCCUUACUGAAAAUGAAGUUGUAUUAUACCAUCUUAAUAUUGAUUUUCUUCAAGGCACUCAACUGAUAAUGAAUUCCUCAUAUUUGCUGCAA